ACAAGGCUGCAUAAAAAGGAGUCGCGGCUGCUUGAACUUCACAAGCGUCGCAGAGACUCGCAAGAGCGAAUAGCCAAUUUUGACUCCCGUCCAGUGUGAGCUUCAAAAGCAAACGUUGCCCACAUUCCUGGGUGUCAGAGCGAUCUCUUGAAUCAAUAUCAGAAAGGAAUGGAAGAGGCCAAAAUGGCUGUCCAGCCGAAAAGUGCACUUGCUACAAAAGCAGUAAUGAACAUCAGCAAAGCAGAGGAAGUCCGAAAAGAGACAGAAUUGAUGAUGAAGCCCCAUGCGAACUGGGAGGAGUAUCUGAUGCCUGGGCCCAUCUCCAUCGCCAUCUUAGGGGAGCUGGCUUGCAUUGCUGCAGCACAAGGAGACUUUGCCAUCAAUCUUGCCCCACCCCAGGGAGGCUACAAAUAUAUGAGGUAUCCGGACUCUUUCCAAGCUUCCCUGAUGCAGGUCAGCAACAGUGGUUGGCAUGCCUUCAGCAUCGCCCACAAAAAUAUGGAUGCCAUCCGGCUCCUUUCUAUGAGCGUCCCUGAGCAAAUCAAGAUGGUCAUCAAGACCUUAUUCCAGGAUGACCUAACCUUGAUAGAUGCCUUGCUCCCUGGACAACUAUCCAGCCUGAAAUCGAUUGCAAACGAAUGUUCCUCUUUAGCUAAGGCAGUUGACAAUAAGUUCAAUGACGUCAUCUGCCUGAUUGGGGAACUCUUGGAAGUGUGUACGAGUUCCAAAUCGCAGUACGAAAAAGGAUUGGCAGAAACCAAACGCGCCUUGGAAGACCUGAAACAGAGGAAGGCAGCAGCUGAAGAUGCCCAGGUGAAAGCAGAGGAAUAUUACAAAGAAAUAAAGAACAGAGUGACCGAAACAUUUGAUGAUUACAGAAAAGCGGUUGACAGCAUUCCUACCGGCUGGAAUGCUGUAAUUCUGGAAUUCACUUCGACUAUACGAGAAACCUUGACGUUGCCAGUUGCCAGCCUGAUAUCCAUUCUCAGCUUUAAGGAAAAUAUAUUGCCUGUUCCAAUCCACAGCAGAAAUGAGGGAGACGAUGAAAGUGAGGAUGACUUUAUAGCCAUGAACAACAUCUGUGGCCUGUCAGCUCAAAUGCUGGCAUUGGUGGACGCUCUUCAAACCAUGGUGGACGAUGAAGGUAACAUUGACAUGGAUGUCCUCUACAAUAAAAAACACAACGAAAUCAAAACGGUAUGGACCAAAAAGAAAGCUCAGCAACUGUUAGCAAAAAUAAAAAAAGAAAGAAAGUGCAGCAUGAAAAAAUUGGCAGUGAAAAUAUGUAAUUAUAUAAUAGAUAUUUCCAGUAUAUUAACUGAAGUGGUAGCAUCAGGGGACAUAAACAAGAAAAAACUGAUAAAGAAAAUGGGCGUUCUCUCAAAUGAUAUUGUUGUUUUCGAUAGCAGAAGCAAAUCCUGUAACCGCACAUCCCCUUUUGGUCCCAUGGCGCCAAAUAUGGCCAAAUCCCAGAAAAACGUUCAAGAGGGGUCGACGUCAGCGGUGAAAAACAGUGUUUUGAAAAUAGAGCAAACGAAAGAAAUGCUGAAGAUGAGCCAAGAAGAAUACCAGAAAAGUUUUGACAACUUAAAGCAGCAAAAUAAGGAUUUGCUGGAUGUGCUCAGUGAAAUGAGGAAAUGUGAAACAAAGGAGAUUGAUUUUGAAAAAGCCAAACAGAUGCUGAUCAAAGGCCUGGAUGCCAUGGGAAGGGUGAAGGAGCAGUGGGAGAAAAUGGUGCGCUUCUUCCAGAUGAUCUCCAACCUCAUUGACUCCUGUCUCAAUAAACGCCUAACAGAAUUUGUGAAAUCAGCUGAAGAUCUGCCCAAAAUUCCAAAUUACUCCCACCAAGACUUUGUCAUAGAUAUGAUCUACAAACAGGCCUUCAAUGCAUCCAACAUAGCUAACUUGGUGCACAUGAUAUCCGAGACCUACACCGAGGUGUCUUCAAAAUACCUAAUGGAUAAAGUGGGCAGCCUGAGUAGGCUUAUUUCCAUGGACCCUUCCGAUCCCCAAUUCCGAAUUAAGCUUAUCGAACUAAGAGCUGGCUGUGACAGUGCCCAAGAAGCCAUAGAGGACCUGGUCAUUAAGCAAAAGAAAGAAUUCGAAAAUAAUAUCCUUGCCAGAGUGGCAAAAAUCAAUUCUGAGCUGAAGGCUGUCUUGCCAGAAGUGCCCGAAGCAGAGAGAAAAGCUAUUGAAUAUAAUGUGCAAAAAGGGAUGAGGGAAAUCACUCUGGAUGAAGAGGAUCAAUUUAUGUAGAGUUGUCUUUCAACCCGUGAGGGAAAUGGAGGCUGCCUAGGCUCUUCGACAUUGUAUUUCCCUCAGAAUAAUAGAAUGUAAAUUGGGCCAUUCGGUCAUCUUGUACUUGGUAAAACCAGAAAACCAAGAAACAGAGAUAUUGCGGUCAGGAACCUUUCAAAAAUUAUCUUGGCCAACUAUUUCUUUUCUUUUUUUUAAAGAAAUUUUUUAUUUUUUUUCACAAUACACAAAAAAAACACAAUAUCACAUCAAACAGUUACAAUGUGCUGAAGGGGUGUUUACAUAUCUUUUUGUGCAAUCUUAAAAUAAACACCUCUUUCAUACAUAUAUCUUAUAUUAUCUUUUCUAACAUAUCUUUCCUUCUAACCAAUGAUAAAAUAAAUCCCAUAUUUUGUAAUAUUGCUUAUCUUCUUGUUCUCUAAUUUCAAAUGUCAAUUUACUCACCUAAUUAUUUCAUCUUGCAAAGGUAAUUUCUCAUUUUUCCAAUUUUUGGCAAACAUAAUCCUAGCUGCUGUAAAAUCAAGCAAUCAGAUAUUUUACAUCUCUAGUAUAUAUCUCAGGUAUAAUUCCCAACAGAAAGACUUCUGGCUUGAAAUCUAUGUGUUUUUUAAUCAUUUUCUCCAACCAUGUGUGUAUUUUAGUCCACUAUCUUUUCGCUUCAACACAUGUCCACCACAUAUGGUAAUAUGAUCCAGUUGUCUGAUGACAUUUCCAGCAUUUUUCAGAUUUAUCCUUAAACAUUCUGGCAAUUCUUGUCGGGGGUAAUUGGCCAACCAUUUCUGAGGUGGGGGCUCAUGUUAGCUUCUACUAAGUACUUCUAUUUUCGUUUCUUCUUGAUGCACCAGUUAUCUCUUCUCUCAUAUUCUCUCAAUUUUUAUGGACCGAUACCUCUGCCUGCUGAUCUGCUAGCUGGUUUGUCUACCCUACCAUUUCUCUCUUUUUUGGGCCAUUUCUAAUGGAGGAAAAGCUGAAGUGUGUCACGUGUGCUUCUCUUUUUACCAUAAUUUGUGUGUUUAUGAUAGAGAAAAGGGUUGGAAUAUGUACAGUAAGUAGCUUGAGAUCUAUAUUAAAAGCAUGAUGUCCAAUUUCAUUCAUUGCUAUUAAUUCUGUUGUCAUUGCAGGUUUCCCUCAUUUUUGAAGUGAUGGUACAAUCAAGUAUGAAUCUCUCUCUCUCUCUCUCUCUCUCACACACACACACACACACACAUCCAUGUGCAUACAUUAAUGCGGGAAUGAAUAGAAUGUCUACGUUUUUUUUCCGGGGUUGGCAAUUUUAGGCCUUUAUUUUUUGGGGAGAUGCUUAUCAAUUAACAGAAUAAUAGAGGGACCUUGGAGGUCUUCUAGUCCAACCCAGGAGGGUCCAACAGCCUGAUCUGUCAUCUCUUACAGAGAUGAGUGCUUGGAUUACUAUGCCCACUGAAAUAUAAGUGAUAGGUCCUCAGUCUUCCCGGCUUCUUGAGUCCUCCUAACAUCUUUUCAUAUUACUGUUGUCGAUACAGCUCGUGAAUGGUUAGAUUCUAACAACCACUCCUAAUUUACUUACUGCAAAUGAACAGCAAAUAUUAAGAACAAGGGAUUUUUAAAUUUUAUUUUAUUUUUUAAAGAAGGAAUCUCUUCAUCAAAACCAAAUGGUAAAAAUGUACCGAACGAGGAAAAGAGUGCCAGCUUAGAGAGAUAUUCUUCAAGUACUUUUAGAUGGUGAGUUUCCAGGAGAUCAAGAGAAUGAGGUUGACCGAUCAUCCAGGAUGAACAGAGUAAUUAAAUACUUAACUUUUGGGCUAAACCAGGGGUGUCAAACUCAAGGCCCAUGGCCCGCAUCCAGCCUUCAGGGUGCUUAAAUCGGGCCCACAGGGCUGGCCUGAAAAUAUCAAAGGACUGGCUUGCAGUGCCUCUGCCGGCCAAAACAAGCCACAUGUGGCCUCCUUAUGGCCUGUUUUCGGCCUCCCCAGCCUCCAGCAGCACUCUGCCAGCCAAAAACGGACCACGCAGAGGCCUCGCGGGGCCUCCGCAUGGCCCGUUUUGGCUGGCAAAGUGCUGCUGGAGGCUGGGGAGGCCAAAAACAGACUGUUCAGGGGCCUCUGGAGGCCUCCAUGCAGCCCGUUUCUGGCCAGCAGGGUGGUGCAAGAGGCUGUUCAGGGCAAAAAUGGGGUGGGGGGGCACACACACACAUACCCCAUGCCCCAUUCUGGCUGGCAUGGUGCUGCAGAACGCAUCUGUCCAACCUCCCCCACCCCAUCCCGCCAGCCCCCAGAGGAACUCUACAAUGCUGAUCCGGCCCUCAAAGAAAUCCAGCUUGACAUCCCUGGGCUAAACAGUCCCAAAUAAGAAUUUCUUCUCUUCUCUUCUUUUAUGUGGUUAAUCAUACAAUUACUAACUACUAAUACUCUGUUUUUUUAUAUAUGUAAUCUUAAAUCAGCUAAAUAAGAUUUUUUUACUUUUUCCCUGUCAGUUGUUACUUUUACAUUUUACUAUUUGUCUCUUUUAUUGAUUCUUUAGAGUUUUUCUAUCACGUAAAAGAACUAUGUUAAUCAUCUGAAGUUAUUAAACAUUAUACUAAACAGCUAUCCUACAUUACUUGCUUUUAUGCUAAAAACAGUCAAUAAAUGUCUAUUCUCUAAAAUUGCCCUGGGUUUAAUAUCUUGUUAAGAUGCCCGAUCAUCCUCAAAAGUUUUCGUAGUAUGGAUUGUACAUCUAAAUUACUGAAAAAGUUUCACGAUGCUAAAUUUUUAUGCGCCAGGACAAAAUGUGAGGCUAUUAUUAAAUCAGUAUUUAAAAAUUAUUGUGACAAAAUACUUACAGAAAACUUGGAAACUGCAGCACUUAUAACAGUUUUAUCUGAUGCAUCCAAUCAUAAUGAAACUAAAUUGUAUCCAACGCAGUGUAAGAUAUUUUAAUGUUACCAAGGGCAUUCAAGUAAAAAUUUUAAAUUUCGAAUCCGUUGAGGACGAAACUGCUGAAAUUUUGUCAAACCAUCUAUACAGAGUAAUAAAUGAAAACAAUUUGAAAUCCAGAGUUGUUGCACUAACAGCUGAUAAUACAAACACAAAUUUUGGUGGGUCAAGACGCAAAGGAGUGAAUAAUGUGUAUGUAAAAUUACAAGAUUUACUGCAAAAGAAAAUACUAGGAAUAGGUUGUAAUGCACAUAUUUUGUCAAAUACAGUCAGCAUGGUAUCAUGUGCCAUGCCAAUUGAUGUAGAAAUAAUAACUACAAUUUAUUUGUAUUUUAUUUGUUUUACCAUUCGUAUGGCUAUUUUAAAACAAUUUUGUGAAGAAGCGAAUGUUCAAUACAAAAAACUUUUAGGAUAUUCAAAAGUUAUAAAAGUUAUAACACCUGCUAUAGAGCAUGUUCUACAAUUAUUUGAACCUCUCCGUUCAUAUUUUUUUAAGUGUAGACAAAUGUCCUAAAAUCCUGGAAUCGUUUUUCAAUAAUGAGAUAGCUGAGAUAUUAAUAUAUUUUGUACAUAAUCAAGCAUCUAUUUUUCACAAAACGAUUCAAAAGAUUGAAGGUGAACACAUUUCAGCUACAGAAUUAGUCUUAAUUUGAAUGACUUUUUCCUUCAAUAUAAAAUUCGAUUUGAAGAAAAAUUUCUUGUUUUAGUUAUAAAAAGAAAAUUGUCAUACUUAGAGGAAUCAAAUCCGGGCAUAACGGAAAAGUUUAUCAAAGAAGUGCAGAAUUUUUACCGAACAUGUUUUCAAUAUAUCGAAGAAUGGUCUGAAACAAUCAUCACAGUUUUUAAUGGUGUUUUUUGAUGUCAUCACAAGUAUAUUGGACAGAUAUUGAAUCUUGUGUUGAGUUUUUAUCUAAAGAAAUGCCAGACAUUAAAAUAGAUGACAAUUGUCUCUUUGAAGAAAUUAGAAGACUGAAUAUAUUUUUAAAUUCUGAAAAAUUAAUACAAUGGGAAAAUAAACACAUUGAAAUUGAUAAAAAAAUGGGUGGAAAUAUUCAGCCAUUUCAAAAAUGAACAUAUUCCAUGUGAAAAUUCAUUUAUUCUUCAAUUUACAUUGUGCUGCCCUGAAACUAAUGCAGCAGUUGAAAGGAUUUUUUUCAAUUGCUAAUGAUUUUUGGAAAAGUGAGAAAUCGAGAUUGAAUGUUGAUGCUCUAGCUGCAGCACUUGCCGUAAAAUUCAAUACGAAGGAUAUUUCUUGUUCAGCUAUUUCCAAUGUGUUGUCAGAAGAUGAUACAUUGACAAAAAAUAUUCAUUCAGUGGAAAAGUACUCAUUUAAAUAAUAAUUAAUAGGCAUGUAUUGUUACAUAAUUGUAACAAAUGUUCUUUUAUUAUGCAAUUAUCAUACAGUGUAUUCUGUAUUGUUGCAAUGAAUAAAAUGUUUCUUU